AUGUGGAAAUCCUCAACAGAGUUUGCUGAUCCACUGGGAGACGUUGAGAGUUGGAGUGAGUCAGUUGACAAGGUCUUGGGAUGUAAAGCCGGACAGAUAGCAUUCCAACAGUUUCUGAAGUCGCAGUACAGCGAGGAGAACAUACUGUUUUGGCUUGCAUGUGAAGACUACAAAAAAGUCAAAUCAACACCAGAAAUGAUAUCAUCGGCCAACAGGAUUUUCUCAGAGUUUGUGGAGACAGAAGCGCCUCGACAGAUUAACAUAGAUUGGAGCACCAGAGAAAACAUAACUAAAAACAUCUCGCAGCCCACGUUGAGCUCCUUUGAGACAGCUCAGAAACAGGUCUACAGUCUGCUGGCCCGGGACUGCUACCCACGCUUCCUCAAAUCUGACAUCUAUCAGGGACUGCUGAGGAGAGCUGAAUCCAGGUGA